CAGAACGAGUCUGUUUACCUUCAGCCGCGAAAAGCAAACAUCCUACUUUUUGUCCAUAUCAUAAGGUAUUCUGUACUGCAUUAAAAACACCACAACACACUAACUAUUACGCAAAAUGAACACAGAGCAGCCUGCUGAAUCUGACUGCAGUCCAAAUAAGUGUUCAGUUUCAACACCGGAAGGGAAUGACUUGAAGAGAGGACCACUGAAAAGAACUCCAUUCUCAAAGUUUAAGAGAGUAAACUCCAACUUCAAAUCACCUCUUCAAGUCCCUGAGAGUGCUAAAGUUAGCCCUGCAGAGGAGGUGGCAGAGCUGGAGAGGAGGAGAGAGCAGCUGGACACAGAGAUAGCACAGCUGGAGGCUGAGGGAUGCAGAGUAGAGGAGCUGGAGCAUCAUAUUGAUAUGCUGCACGAAUACAAUGACAUCAAAGACAUUGGACAGUCUCUCCUUGGCCGAAUUGGGGUCUUACCCCGGCUUUGCUACGUUUUGCAGCUGCUGUGAGGGGGACCACCACGCGAGAUCUCUACAGCCACUUCGGUCUUGAACUGGACGACUGAAGACAAAAAGUUUGAAAUUAAAGUGGUAAGAAUGAUUCCUCAGAAUAAGAGAGGAGCUCAAGACAAAAAGGCCAAUUCCCUUUUAAAUAAGAUGAUGGAUUUGGAAAGACUGUUGACUUCCAGCGGCUCCUUCAGACAGAUGAUUGCUCAUUUUUACCAAGUGAGAUUUCAGUAGGAAUUGGCAAGAUAGAGGGAUAAUGAUGCUGACUCUGCAGGCAAACAUGAUAUUUAUAAAAGACCAUUUACUCACAGCCAUAACUUAAGGCUUUAAUUUGUUUUGGCAUGUGUGUUUAUGUAAAUACUGUUAUUAUGAAGGUAUGCAUGUUGGCUGCCUGAAUGUUAAUUACUUUUCUCUACUUUGGUUUGUUAUGAACAGAAGUAAAAGAAUGUUAGAGUGGUUACUUAGAGUGUAAAAAAAUAAAAUAAAGCACUAACACCUAGCAUAAAAUGCGUUGUGCAAUGACAACAAUUUGUAACACAAAGUGCACACGGACCACCACAGGAGUUACAGAUGCAUCAUUGUUAUUUUGCUAAUCUUGUUGAAAGAAACGUCAGCUAUGAACUCUGUCAGAAGGCAUCACAAUACACAGACAAUAUUUGAUAUUUAUCCCUACACCUAUUUAAUUAAAUGCAUUUAAGUGAAUACAUUUUGUUUAUGUUAAUAGACUUUUAUAACAGGCCUGUCUGCUGAAUUAAACCCUAAAUAUGACACAAAUUUGCUAACAUCUGACCCAGAUUCUUAAAAAAUUCUACUAAGGGAAAGAGGAUAUUAGGUCAUCUACAGUUUCCUUUCUGUCCAAACAUGUUUAAAUAAAAAGAAAGGGUUGGG